AUUCUAACCUUCAAAUCAAUCGAUGAAAAAUCGCGUCUCUUUUUGUCUUGUUGUUUGCUAAUUUUGUUGAAAACACACACGAAAACCUCAAUUUCACCUCAAAACAACUUCAAAGUCUAUCUCUGAACCCAUCAGCGUUAACCGCCAGUUCGGCAAACGCACCAGACUGCCGAACUUCACUUGUUUUCACUUCGCAAGUUUGUUCCGGUGAAGUGUUUUGUUGUUAGUUUGUGAUUGAAGCCAUGGUUAGAGGCACGGGUCGCGGCGGGCGCGGCAUGGCGGGCCGCGGCGGCAUGGGCCGGCCCCCCUUCAACCGGCCGCGCGUGAUGCUGCGGCCCCCGUUCGACAUGGUGCUCGCGGAGCCGGCCUUCCCGCGCUGCAAGCCCGCGCCUGAUGACUCCGCUCUCACACAGGCACUCCUGAAGCGGCAUGCGGAGCUGUGUCCCUCGCCGGCGGAGCAGGCGGCCGUGCUGUCCCUCGUCACGAAGGUGCAGACCGUGCUGGACAACCUGGUGGUUGCUCCCGGGGACUUUGCUGCUUGUCAACUGGAGGAGGUCCGCCAGGUGGGCUCGUACAAGAAGGGCACGAUGAUGGCCGGCAAGAACGAGGCGGACAUCGUGGUCAUCCUCAAGACACUGCCCACCAAGGAGGCUGUCGAGGGACUCAGUAACAAGGUGAACGAGGAGCUAAACAAGCUGAUGUCUUCAGAAGGCCUGGGAGCCGUGACCACGGCGCCGCACGCGCGCGGAUGCACGGUGCGCGGCGCGGCCGCCUCCGUGCGGCUGCUGCUGACCACGCUGCAUCAGAAUUUGAGGAAGCUGGAGCCAGAGGUGCACCUGGACUACAAGCUGAUCAGCGGGCACCUGGCCGCCAUCCGCCACUCGCGCUGGUUCGAGGAGAACGCGCACCACUCCUCCAUCAAGGUGUUGAUCCGCCUCCUACGCGACAUGUGCGCCCGUCACUCCGGCCUCGCGGCGCUCACGCCGUGGAUGUGCGACCUGCUGGCGCACCACUGCAUCAUGAGCAACCCGCAGAGGCAGGCGCUGCCCAUCAACCUGGCCUUCCGUCGCGCUCUCUCCCUGCUAGCCGGCGGUCUGUUCCUCCCCGGGUGCGCGGGGCUGGCGGACCCGUGCGAGCCGGCGCCCGCGCGCGCGCACACCGCGCUGCCGCUGCCCGCGCAGGACAACGCCGCCGCUGCUGCUCAGACUCUCCUCCGCGUAGUGUCACGCGGCGGGCACCGCUACGUGCUCGGCCUGCAACCCUUCGAGGGCGGCAAGGACAUCAGCGCGGAGAUCACCGUGUGGGACGGCGUGGUGGUGUCCCCGCUGGCGCCCGCCUACCAGCCCGCCGAGCCCAUGGACACUGACGACAAAGGUACCCCACUCAGCACGAGAUGACGGCGUGGUGGUGUCCCCGCUGGCGCCCGCCUACCAGCCCGCCGAGCCCAUGGACACUGACGACAAAGACGAGGAAAAUUCGCAAGACGGCGUCGCUGCUUAGAAUAUAAAUAUAUUUAAUACUUAGAUAUAAGGUUCACCAGACUUUGCGUACUACAUAGUAUUUACGAUAUGUAAGGACUUUCAAAUAAAACUUUAUAAAAUCGC